AUCACCAAGGUUUAAAAGGCACUGUAGAGAGGUCAGGGUGGAAGCCUGGGAGGUGAGAGAAAGGAGGAAAACCAGGGGAAAGUAGACUGGAAGAUACCAUGAAGGUUCUGGCACUCCCCGUGGCUGCUGCUGCCAUGCUCUUGAUACUGGCACAGAACACCCAGUCAGUCUUGAUCGAGUAUGAGGGCCUCCGGGUGAAUCUGGAGUCUGUGAAGAAGCUGGAUGGAAUCCUGGAAAAGUCUAAUGAUUUGAGUCCCCACGUGAGAAAGGAAGAUUCACUCUCCCUGUGUAGCAGCCCUCAACUGCCCGAGGACCUCCAGCCUGUCUGUAAGACUCCCCAUGCUGCCGACACCUUCAGAGCCCUGAGAAGCAUUGCCGAAGACGACUGUGAAAUCUGUGUAAAUGUGGCCUGCACGGGCUGCUACUGAGGCAGCAUCAAGGACCCUCCCCACCCGAAGGAAUCAAUGCUGGUUCUGCCUUAUCCCCAUCUUGACCUCCCUCCCUGCCCCUACCCUCCUACCCCACACACAUAAAGCACAAAUGUCUACAGAUGGAUACAUCCCUGAUUCUGAGCCAGCCUCUGGCCCACUUCAUGGGAGAAAGGGAAGAGCCCUGGAUUCCUGUCAUCUCUAAGCUAUGUCUGAUGAGGGCCUCUCUCCAGAGGUGAUGCCCGAGGGCCCUGCAAUGGCUGUCUGGCCAGGGAGUAGAGCAAGCUGGGCCACGAUGUUCUGGGGUGCUAAACUGCCUCCCAACCCCCAACAACUACCAGGAACCCUCAUUCCACUCUGGAUGCAACACCUGGAGAAAGACACAGGGGGGGAGGAUCAAACCCAGCCGCCACGUGGGCCUCUCCCCACAUUCCCAUACCACCAUAGCCCAGAGGAAGGAAUAUCCUUAUGAUGAUAGAAGGACCUUCAUCUCCAUCACCACCACCAUUAUCAUCAUCGUAGCCAACAGCAGCAUCCUUAGGCCAUUUGGGGCUGCACCUUGAACAAAGAAAUUUAAACAGUCACAACUCCUGCCUUUGAUGAAUUUUUCCCGUCCAAUCUGAGGCAGACUUCCUGCCAUGCA